UCUGAUCGAACAUUUGAUCUGAUCUAGCUUCAAGGAAUGAUGGAAACUGCAAAGAAGAAAGGAGGGAAGAAACGUGAAGGGCGGGGUUUGAUCGAUGUAGUGUUUUCGUGGUCUUUAGAAGACGUGAUGAACAAAAAUCUGUACAAAGACAAGGUUAAGAAAAUCCCAGAUACCUUCAUGUCCACGGAUCAUUACCUCAAUUGUUUCAUCAAUCCACUUCUUGAAGAAACACAUUCUGAUUUGUACUCAAACAUGACAAAUUCACUCCGAAAUGCCCAGGCUUGUGAGGUCUUAGAUGUGAAAAUCUCCAAGGGUUUCAAGUUCCCUAAAGAUUUGGUAUACGAUAUUUUCUUGAAGACAACUAGAGAGGGUGGCGAUGAUAGUAAACAACCGUAUGAACCCGAGGCUGGGGAUCUAAUUGCAUUCUCUGAUGUGAGGCCCAAGCGUGUUGAGGAUUUGAACAGACCAAAGAUGUCAUAUGUCAUAGCUGUAGUCCAAGGCAGGAAAGAUGAUGGUUCAGCAAGGUUUCCAAUCUUGUCAUCAAAGCCCGUUACCUUCAAGAAAAACAUGGAGAAAGGGAGAGAGGGAGAUAAGCUUUUUGUUGUUUAUCUUACCAAUUUGACAACAAAUAUUCGUAUAUGGAAAUCUCUGAAUAUGGACAAGGAAAAUGCUAACUUAAAGAUUAUCAAAACAGUGUUGCAAAUUGAUCCCAAAGAUGAAGGAAAUUGUGCCCUCUGCACCAAUAGAGGAACUCAAGGUACUGUUUUAUUGAAUGCUAAGGCAGCUCUACAAUCCUUUGGAUUAGAUAAUUCCCAGGAAGAAGCUGUUUUGAGCUGUGUAAAAGCAAGAAAAUGUGUUCACCGAAGUUCUGUUAAGCUGAUUUGGGGACCUCCCGGAACUGGGAAAACAAAGACAGUUGCAUCCUUGUUAUCUGUCCUCUUCAAUAUGAAAUGCAGAACAUUGACUUGUGCUCCAACGAACAUUGCAGUCAUAGGAGUUGCAAAGCGGCUUAUGAAACUGGUAAGGGGUAGUCUCCAGUAUGAUCCUUAUGGUCUAGGAGACAUUGUUUUGUUUGGUAAUGGGGAAAGAAUGAAGGUCAAUGAUCACGAGGAUCUAUUGAAUGUGUUUUUGGAUUACCGUGUUGAUUCUCUUGCUAGUUGUUUGUCACCAUUGGUGGGGUGGCAGGCAUGUUUGAAUUGGAUGAUAAAUUUGCUUGAGGAACCUGAAGAGGAAUAUCAGAAGUACUUAGGAUAUGAAAAAGUCGCCAAAUGCAAUGUUGUUCAAUGUCACAGAGGAAAGGUAACACUUUUGACAUUUGAGGAGUUUGUUUUGAAGGAAUAUGAACCCUUAGCGGAGCGAUUAGAGUUUUGUAUGACAACCUUGUACACUCAUUUGCCUACUUCAUACAUCCCUUUGGAAAUAGUGAAGAAGAUCGUUAGAGCACAUAAUUUGCUUCAAACUCUUGGACCAUUGUUGAAAACUGUUGCUGAGACAUGUGGAGGACUGAGAGAUGCCCUUAAAGGGAUUAAAGUUUCUUUUCCUAAGUGGAAGAAGCACAUUGAUGCAUUGCAGACAACAAAAUCAGAAUGUGUAGUAAUAUUAAAGCUUCUUAGUGGCAGCAUUACUCUCCCAAAUCUUUCUGAAAACAAUCAAAUUCGAAGCUUUUGUUUAAAAAGUGCAGUCUUGAUUUUCUCUACUGUCUCGAGUUCUUCCAAACUGCACUCUGAAGGGAUGACACCAAUAGAGGUGUUGGUAAUUGAUGAAGCUGCUCAGCUUAAAGAAUGUGAAUCCACUAUUCCCUUGCAGCUACCCGGUCUUUGCCAUGCUAUACUAAUUGGAGAUGAGAAACAAUUGCCAGCAAUGGUUCAGAGCCGCGAGAUUUGUAAGAAGGCUUAUUUCGGGAGGAGCUUGUUUGAGAGGCUGGUUAAAUUAGGACAGAAGAAGCACCUCCUUAACAUUCAAUACAGAAUGCAUCCCUCAAUUAGUCUGUUCCCAAAUAAGAAAUUCUACAAAGGGAAGGUAAUGAAUGGUCCUAAUGUCAGAGACACAAGAUAUGAGAAGCGAUUUCUCAAAGGAGACAUGUUUGGACCAUAUUCUUUCAUCAACAUAAGCAAUGGAAAAGAAGAUCAAGGUGAUAAAAGUAGUACUAAAAACAUGGCAGAAGUUUGUGCAGUAGCUGAGAUUAUUGCUAUGCUUUUCAGAGAAUUUCUAGAUUCAAAACAAAGAGUCCGUGUUGGCUGCAUAUCACCAUAUAAGGCUCAGGUUUUUGCAAUCCAAGAAAAGCUUGGCAAGAAAUACAGCACAGAUAUGGAGAGUGAGUUCUGUGUGAAUGUACGAUCUGUAGAUGGAUUUCAAGGCGGAGAAGAAGAUGUGAUCAUCAUAUCUACAGUUCGGUCUAAUGGAAGUGGAGAAGUGGGCUUCUUGUCCGACUUUCAGCGAGCAAAUGUGGCUCUGACUCGGGCAAGAUACUGCCUUUGGGUAUUAGGCAAUGGCGCGACUUUGAUCAAUAGCGGUUCAGUUUGGGGAAACUUAGUACUACAUUGUAAGGUCCGCGGGUGCUACUAUGAUGCCUGCAAUGAUAAGAACUUGGAAAAAGCAGUUGCAGAUGCAUCUGAUGAGUUAACAACCAAGUUAUCAGCCAGGAUUCCAAGUGAUAAACCUAGCAUGUUUUCUGCCACCACUCAGAAUGAUAAGCCUAGCAUGCUUUCUGCCACCACUCCAAAUGAUAAGCCUACCAAGUUUUAUGCCACGAGCCCAAGUGAUAAGCCUAGCACGCAUUCUGCCACCACUCCAAAUGAUAAGCCUACAAAGUUUUCUGCCGCGAGCCCAAGUGAUAAGCCUAGCACGCAUUCUGCCACCACUCCAAAUGAUAAGCCUACCAAGUUUUUUGCCGCGAGCCCAAGUGAUAAGCGUAGCACGCUUUCUGCCACCACUCCAAAUGAUAAGCCUAGCCAGUUUUCAGCUGGGAGUCCAAGUGAUAAAUCUAUACAUUCUUCCAAAACCUUUUGGGGAGCUUUUAGCUUUAAAACUGCCAUUCUUUCUGUUGGUAUAGUUACUUGUUUGGCGUAUUUGUCAAAAAGAAAUUGAAGAGGGCAAUUUGUGUUGUUAAAGGAAAAGUUCUGGUGAAUCAUCCUCAAUCAAGAAUCAAAAGCAAAUUUCAGUUGAAGGUGCUAUAAUAGAUCAGCAACAGUGUAUGGAGUUAAGUACUCGUUUGUUUGUAUGCUUAAUGAUUGAACUACUUCAUUCUGAACUAGUGCCUCGUGGAUUUAACCGCCUUA